CUGGGGCAGACAUUGAAUGGUCUGGCUGGACAGCGGGCAUCGGGUCACCAGGCAUCAGGCAGUGGGCACCGGGUCACCAGGCAUUGGAUCGUCUGGCUCAACAGCGGGCAUUGGGUCACCAGGUAUGACAGCGGGCACUGGGUCACCAGGCAUCAGGUCAUUUGGCUCGCCAGCGGGCACCGCGUCAUCUGGCAAGGCAGUGGGCACCGAGUCACCAGGUACCGGAUCGUCUGGAUCAACAGCGGGUAUCGAGUCAACUGGCCUAAUAGGAUCAUCGGCUGGAUCAGUUCAUCAGGCUGAGUAGAGGCAUCCGGCUGAGUAGAGGCAUCCGGCUGAGUAGAGGCAUCCGGCUGAGUAGAGGCACCAGGCUGAGUAGAGGCAUCAGGCUGAGUGGAGGCACCAGGCUGGGUACAGGCACCAGGCUGAAUAGAGGCAUCAGGCUGAAAUGGCGGGUGCCGAGGCACCAGGCUGAACCACGGAAGACAGGUUCUCAGACGGCAGGCUCACCUGUUUGGAUACUGGCA